UAGCGGCCUAGUCGCGGGAUGAUACCCCGAUACAUACGCACUCUGACCCCAGACACCGCGCGGGACGGACAUACACAUUUUUUUAAUAAAAAAAAAUAGUGCCAGUGACGUUGUGUCGUGAUUUUCGUGUGUGCAAGGGCCCCAUGAAGCGGCUGUCAUGCACAUAGCGACAUUGAUUGCAUUCGUGCAGCUGUCGCUUGCUACAGCUGUUUCAGAUGGCAUCCAGACUUUGACCGCUGCGGAACUGAACUUGGAAUUAUCAGGUGACAAUUCCUUGUCGCCAUUCUACGAGAGCGGCGAUGAUACCGCCGUACACUUCAUGCGGGGUUCAAGGGCGGCAGAUUCACCUCUGUCACCCGACAUCGACGUGCAAUGUACUGAUGAUUACAUACAAGUAACUGUCGAAUUCGCUGACGUAUUCGAUGGUGUAAUAUACAGUAAGGGAUACUUGAAUGAUCCUAGAUGCAAAUACGUAUCAUUGGGUGGAAGCGAGUCGCGCUAUGAGUUCAGAGUACCCCUGGACGGCUGCGGCUCUCGUCCUCUCUGUAAUGCUUGCGGCACUAUCGAUAAUGUGCUUGUCUUCCAAGCCGAUGACUUCGUUCAAGGACCUACCGACUUUGCUAGAAAGAUAUCGUGUGCAAGAACAACUUUCGAAGUAUCAGCUGAAGGGGCAAGGGAGGAACAAGGUCAUGUGCUGAAAUUAAAGCCCUUCAUGGUGGAUAUGUUGGAAGUUGUUGCUGUGGAGGGCCUCGGGAGUGGCGUCGAAUGCUGGAUGGACAUUCAGAAGGGAGUCUUUCCUAAUACUACUCCUUUUGAAAGUUCAAUAAAAAUCGGCGAAUACCUUACUAUUUUGGUAUACUUGAAAGAUCAAAGAAAUCAGUUUAACCUAAAAAUUCAUGAUUGCUGGGCUUACGAUAAUGAUAAUUACGACAGCCCCAAGACGAAUAAGAUACAGCUGACUGACAAACAGGGAUGCCCUAAGAAAAAGAAGCUUAUUGAUCAAUGGCAAAAAUCCAGAAACACAGGCAAGAGUGGAGCCACAUUGAUCGCAUACAGUAAAGUGAGCGCUUUCAGAUUCCCGGAAACGGAUCAAGUGUAUUUAACAUGUAAUGUAGAGCUCUGUACGAAUAACUGCGACUCAAGUUGUGAUGGCGUCAUAAAAGAAAUUUCAACAACAUUACGACCUCAAAAGCAAUGUUAUCCGGGAUCAACAGAUCCUCAGUGUCCGACAGUUAGACCACAAAUAAAAUGCUACCCUGGUAGCACUGACCCCCGUUGUCCUAAACCAACAACUCCCGCACCUCCAAAUUGUUACCCAGGAAGUACAGACUCGCGUUGUCCUAAACCAACAACUCCCGCACCUCCAAACUGUUACCCGGGAAGUACAGACCGCCGUUGUCCUAAACCAACAACUCCCGCACCUCCAAAUUGUUACCCAGGAAGCACAGACCCGCGUUGUCCUAAACCAACAACUCCCGCACCUCCAAACUGUUACCCAGGAAGCACAGACCCCCGUUGUCCGAAACCAACAACUACCGCACCUCCAAACUGUUACCCAGGAAGUACAGACCCGCGUUGUCCUAAACCAACAACACCCGCACCUCCAAACUGUUACCCAGGAAGUACAGACCCCCGUUGUCCUAAACCAACAACUCCCGCUCCUCCAAACUGUUACCCAGGAAGUACUGACCCCCGUUGUCCUAAACCAACAACACCAGCACCUCCAAACUGUUAUCCAGGAAGCACUGACCCCCGUUGUCCUAAACCAACAACUCCCGCACCUCCAAACUGUUAUCCAGGAAGCACUGACCCCCGUUGUCCUAAACCAACAACUCCCGCACCUCCAAACUGUUACCCAGGAAGUACAGACCCGCGUUGCCCUAAACCAACAACUCCGGCACCUCCAAACUGUUACCCUGGAAAUACAGACCCCCGUUGUCCUAAACCAACAACUCCCGCACCUCCAAACUGUUACCCCGGAAGCACAGACCCCCGUUGUCCUAAACCAACAACACCCGCACCUCCAAAUUGUUAUCCAGGAAGUAGAGAUCCAAGAUGUCCCCAGACGACUUCCUCAAAGCCAGUGUGUUACCCAGGGUCUCCCGAUCCAAACUGUCCUCAACCGUCACGACCUACGACAUUAAAUCCACCUACUUAUUUGCCUCCUACAACGCCAGAACUCAAAUGCUACGUCGGGUCUACAGACUCACGUUGUCCAAAACCAACAACAACCGCACCUCCAAACUGUUACCCCGGAAGCACAGACCCGCGUUGUCCCAAACCAACAACUCCCGCUCCUCCGAAUUGUUAUCCAGGAAGCACAGAUCCGCGUUGUCCCAAACCAACAACUCCCACACGUCCUAAUUGUUAUCCCGGAAGCACAGACUCCCGUUGCCCCAAGCCAACUACCCCUGCUCCUCCAAAAUGCUUCCCAGGAAGCACAGACCCGCGUUGUCCCAAGCCGACAACGCCCGCUCCUCCAAACUGUUAUCCAGGGAGCACUGACCCCCGUUGUCCUAAACCAACAACACCAGCACCUCCAAACUGUUACCCAGGAAGUACAGACCCGCGUUGCCCCAAGCCAACUACACCUGCUCCUCCAAAAUGCUACCCAGGAAGUAUAGACCCCCGUUGUCCUAAACCAACAACUCCCGCACCUCCAAACUGUUACCCAGGAAGUACUGACUCACGUUGUCCCAAACCGACCCCUACUGCGCGUCCUAACUGUUACCCAGGAAGCACAGACCCCCUUUGUCCAAAACCAACAACACCAGCACCUCCAAACUGUUAUCCAGGAAGUACUGACCCCCGUUGUCCUAAACCAACAACUCCCGCACCUCCAAACUGUUACCCAGGAAGUACUGACCCGCGUUGUCCCAAACCGACCCCUCCUGCGCGCCCUAAUUGCUACCCAGGAAGCACAGACCCGCGCUGUCCUAAACCAACAACUCCCGCACCUCCAAACUGUUACCCAGGAAGUACAGACCCGCGUUGCCCUAAACCAACAACUCCGGCACCUCCAAACUGUUACCCAGGAAGUACUGACUCACGUUGUCCCAAACCGACCCCUACUGCGCGUCCUAACUGUUACCCAGGAAGCACAGACCCCCGUUGUCCUAAACCAACAACACCCGCACCUCCGAACUGUUUCCCAGGAAGCACUGACCCGCGUUGUCCCAAACCGACCCCUCCUACGCGUCCUAACUGUUACCCAGGAAGCACAGACCCCCGUUGUCCAAAACCAACAACACCAGCACCUCCAAACUGUUUCCCAGGAAGCACAGACCCCCGUUGUCCUAAACCAACUACACCCGCAGCUCCAAACUGUUACCCAGGAAGUACAGACCCGCUUUGCCCUAAACCAACAACCCCGGCACCUCCAAAUUGUUACCCAGGAAGUAGAGAUCCAAGAUGUCCCCAGACGACGUCCCCGAAACCAGUGUGUUACCCAGGGUCUCCCGAUCCAAACUGUCCACAACCCUCACGGCCUACCACAAUAAAUCCUCCUACUUAUUUGCCUCCUACAACGCCAGAACUCAAAUGCUAUGCCGGUUCUACAGACUCACGUUGUCCCAAACCAACUACUUCUGCCCCUCCUAGUUGUUAUCCCGGAAGCACAGACCCGCGCUGUCCUAAACCAACAACUCCCGCACCUCCAAACUGUUACCCAGGAAGUACAGACCCGCGUUGCCCUAAACCAACAACUCCGGCACCUCCAAACUGUUACCCAGGAAGUACUGACUCACGUUGUUCCAAACCGACCCCUACUGCGCGUCCUAACUGCUACCCAGGAAGCACUGACCCCCGUUGUCCUAAACGAACAACUCCCGCACCUCUAAACUGUUACCCAGGAAGUACAGACCCGCGUUGCCCUAAACCAACAACUCCGGCACCACCAAACUGUUUCCCAGGAAGCACCGACCCGCGUUGUCCCAAACCGACCACUCCUGCGCGCCCUAACUGCUACCCAGGAAGCACAGACCCCCGUUGUCCAAAACCAACAACACCCGCACCUCCAAACUGUUUCCCAGGAAGCACAGACCCCCGUUGUCCUAAACCAACAACACCCGAACCUCCAAACUGUUUCCCAGGAAGCACUGACUCGCGUUGUCCCAAACCAACAACUCCGGCACCUCCAAACUGUUACCCAGGAAGUACCGACCCCCGUUGUCCUAAACCAACACCUCCCGCUACUCCAAAAUGCUACCCAGGAAGUGCAGACCCCCGUUGUCCUAAACCAACAACUCCCGCACCUCCAAACUGUUACCCAGGAAGUACUGACCCCCGUUGUCCUAAACCAACAACACCAGCACCUCCAAACUGUUACCCAGGAAGUAGAGAUCCAAGAUGUCCCCAGACGACGUCCCCGAAACCAGUGUGUUACCCAGGGUCUCCCGAUCCAAACUGUCCACAACCCUCACGGCCUACCACAAUAAAUCCUCCUACUUAUUUGCCUCCUACAACGCCAGAACUCAAAUGCUAUGCCGGUUCUACAGACUCACGUUGUCCCAAACCAACUACUUCUGCCCCUCCUAGUUGUUAUCCCGGAAGCACAGACCCGCGCUGUCCUAAACCAACAACUCCCGCACCUCCAAACUGUUACCCAGGAAGUACUGACCCGCGUUGUCCCAAACCGACCCCUACUGCGCGCCCUAACUGCUACCCAGGAAGCACAGACCCGCGCUGUCCUAAACCGACAACUCCCGCACCUCCAAACUGUUACCCAGGAAGUACAGACCCCCGUUGUCCAAAAUCAACAACACCCGCACCUCCAAACUGUUUCCCAGGAAGCACUGACCCGCGUUGUCCCAAACCGACCACUCCUGCGCGCCCUAACUGCUACCCAGGAAGCACAGACCCCCGUUGUCCAAAACCAACAACACCCGCACCUCCAAACUGUUUCCCAGGAAGCACAGACCCCCGUUGUCCUAAACCAACAACACCCGCACCUCCAAACUGUUUCCCAGGAAGCACUGACUCGCGUUGUCCCAAACCGACCCCUCCUGCGCGCCCUAAUUGUUAUCCCGGAAGCGCAGACCCGCGUUGCCCCAAGCCAACUACACCUGCUCCUCCAAACUGUUACCCAGGCAGUACCGACCCCCGUUGUCCUAAACCAACACCUCCCGCUACUCCAAAAUGCUACCCAGGAAGUGCAGACCCCCGUUGUCCUAAACCAACAACUCCCGCACCUCCAAACUGUUACCCAGGAAGUACUGACCCCCGUUGUCCUAAACCAACAACACCAGCACCUCCAAACUGUUACCCAGGAAGUAGAGAUCCAAGAUGUCCCCAGACGACGUCCCCGAAACCAGUGUGUUACCCAGGGUCUCCCGAUCCAAACUGUCCACAACCCUCACGGCCUACCACAAUAAAUCCUCCUACUUAUUUGCCUCCUACAACGCCGGAACUCAAAUGCUAUGCCGGGUCUACAGACUCACGUUGUCCCAAACCAACUACUUCAGCCCCUCCUAGUUGUUAUCCCGGAAGCACAGACCCGCGCUGUCCUAAACCAACAACUCCCGCACCUCCAAACUGUUACCCAGGAAGUACAGACCCGCGUUGUCCAAAACCGACCCCUCCUGCGCGCCCUAACUGCUACCCAGGAAGCCCAGACCCGCGUUGUCCCAAACCAACAACACCCGCUCCUCCAAAUUGUUACCCAGGAAGCACAGACCCGCGUUGUCCAAAAGCAACAACACCCGCACCUCCAAACUGUUAUCCAGGAAGCACAAAUCCGCGUUGUCCCAAACCAACAACUCCCGCACGUCCUAACUGUUAUCCCGGAAGCAGAGACCCGCGUUGUCCCAAACCAACAACUCCUGCCCCUCCAAACUGUUACCCAGGAAGCAGAGACCCACGUUGUCCUUCACUAACUACACCCGCACGACCUAUUUGUUAUCCCGGUUCAAAUGAUCCUAAUUGCCCUCAAUCUUCAACCUCAACAUCCGUUGCACCUACCACUCAAAAUGCUCCUAAUUGCUAUCCGGGCAAUAAUGACCCAAGGUGCCCUCAACCUAGCUCAACACCCAGUUCUUGCUACCCGGGAUCCAAAGAUCCUAAUUGUCCCCAACCGUUCGCUCCAAGCAGCACCAAUCCACCAUCCACGUACUUGCCACCUUUUCCUGCGGAAAACGAAAUAAAAUCUGCACGAACAAGUAGACUGGCAGAGAAAACUUUGGAUUACUACGACGAGUCGUUAUUAGACGUUGAUAAUUUCGAGUUUACACGUACCAAACCUAGGUCGAGAAUUACCAGAGAUAUCAGUAAAGUUAACGACGAUUUAAUAGAGACGUCUACUGGACUAGGAGUAUUACACAUUGCAAUCGGCGGAUGCACCUUCCUUGUUGUUUUGUCUAUCGCAUUCGCUGUCUACGUAUACAAGAACAAACACUCAAGUCCGACGAACCUGAGAGAACACCCUUGCUAAUUUAUAGUAUAAUGAAUCCUAUUGUGAUAUAACACGCCCUCAGCUAUGAUAACUCGAUUUUAUUUUUAAUUGUAAUUUUGUAUACUUAUAUGCUGUAGGGAUUAACUUAUAAAAUAUUUUGAUCACUGCC